AUGAGGUUACUUCAGCUAACGAUAAGGUUACUUCUAAGUAUCCAACUAGUCACAGUGGCAGCUACUGCUGCUGCAUCUUCAACCAAUCUACAUCAAAUCCAACAAAAGAUUCAACAAGUUGAUAAUCUAUUCUCAUCAGAAGGUCCAACUGCAAAUGUGUUGCAAGAAUAUGAAAGAGUUGUGAAUGACUUGGUCAACAUUCCCCAAGCAAAAGAAUAUCUCCCCCAAUUAUAUUUCAAAAAAGCUUUGAUUGAAAUUAAUCUUCAUAAAGAAAUUGGUGCAAUUGAAGAUCUUAAAAUGGUAUUAAAAUUAGAUUCCACUAUAAAACCAGCCAAAACCAAAUUAAUUGAAAUCUUAAUGUCAAAAGCCGAUUUCAAUUCAUUAGUACCAUUUUUGGAUUCAAUUGAAGAUAAGCCAAUAUUUGAUACUAUUAAUAAUUGGAAUAAUAGUUUGUCAUCAGCAACAAUGUUAUAUCAAAAUCAUCAAUAUGAAAAAUGUUUAAUUCAAUUAAAUAAUGAAGUUAUAAAUAUUGCUCCUAAGAAUUAUGAAAGUGGGAAUUUACAUUAUUUAUCAGCUUUAGAAUUAUUUAAACAAAAUCCAAAAACUGAACUUUCAUAUUUAGAUGAUGGUUCAUUACCUUUAAAUAAAAUAAUUAUUAAAGAUUUAACAAAAUUAAUUAAUAUACUGCCAUGGGGUGAUUUAAAUCUUUAUGAAAUCUUAUCAAAAUUUGUAUUAUUUACUGAAAAUCAAUUUGAAAAUGCUAAAACAUUAAUUAAGAAUUGUUUAAGAAUUAAUAAUGAAUUUAAACCUUGUGGAGAUUUAUCGAAAUUUUAUUCAAAAUUUCAAACUUUUUUGAGUUUAUUAGAACAAUAUUCAAUUAUUACAGGACAUUAUUAUGCUACUUUAGAAGGUACAGGACAAUUAGAUGAAGAAUUAAUUAAUCCAAAUAUUGACUAUAAAUUUGUUCAUGAAUUCUUAUUCAAAGAUGAAUUAAAAGUAUCAAAAUUAGAAAAGCGGAGAUUGGAUUCUAAUAUAGAGACAAAUUAUGAUUAUUUAAUGUAUCGUGCUUCCCAAUUCUUAAUUUCAUUAAUGGGGAAUGAUAAAGAAAUUCAACAUUUGAUAUUUGUUCAAGAUUUACAGAAAUUAGCUUGUGAAUCAAAUAUCCAUACACAUGCAGAUUUGAAAAUUACAACCAAGACUUGUGAAUUGGUUGAUGAUUCAUUCUUUCCCAAGCGGAUCCCUGAGAUUACUAAAUUAUUACACGAGAAGAAACUUAAUGAAGCAGCCGUGAUAUUGGAGAGAUAUAAUAAAUAUGUCAAACAAACUAAAUUAUUCCAAGACUUGUAUCUGCAAGUAGAAGAAUACCUUAGACAACAACAGACUCAACAACAACAACAUCAAUUCCAUCAACAACAGCAACAGCAACAACAAUAUCACCAACAGAGACAAAGACAACAACAGCAAUAUCAGCAACAACAACAGAGACAGAGACAACAAAAGAGAACGACCCCCAAGAACGAUUACUACAAAGUCCUAGAUGUCCCUCGAGAUGCCGAUGACAGAACAAUCAAAAAAGCCUACCGGGCCCAAACUUUAAAAUAUCACCCUGACAAAUAUAAAAACACCGAUUUAACCCCCGAAGAAAUCGAAAAGAAAAUGCAAGAUAUAAAUCAAGCCUAUGAAGUCUUGGGUGAUCCCGAAUUACGUGAACGUUAUGAUCGUGGUGAUGAUCCUAAUGAUCCAAUGGGCCAAAGCCGUGCCGGACCAAACUUUAACCAAGGCUUCCCUGGUGGUGGCGGGGGUGAUUUCUUCCAACAAUUCUUCAGACAGUCUGGGGGUGGGAAUGGUGGUCAGUUUAAGUUUAAUUUUAAUCCUGGUGGUGGUGGUGGUAGAAGUGGUGGAAAUCCAUUUGGUGGGAAUCCGUUCGGUGGUGGACGUCAAAGAGUGCGAGUUAAGAAGAAUAGGAAAGCCGGUGGUGGUCCUGGUGGAAGUGGUAGAAGAUAUUAG